UUAAAACUAAAAACUAUUAAAAAUCGCGUCUUUGUAAAAACCCAUUCUUUAUGGCAGAAAGUCUCCCAGAUAAAAACAUUGCAAAAACCUGAAAAUAUUUUUUUAAAUCCUGCCUAAAAGGCAGCAAAUCCAGAAAUUGGGCUCCUUUUUCAUUUCCUGUUUGUUUCUCUAAACUUGAUUCUUCACGGGUACGAUUCAGUUUGGAAAACUUGGUCGUGACCCAAAUUUCAAGAGCUCUUGAAGGAAGCACGAGUCACCAAAAGGGUUGGGAGAGGGAAAUUGAUCACGUGUUGAUCACGUGUCAGGGGGAAACGAAAGCGAGUUUGGGCAGAAAGGCAGGCGGUAUGUUGUGAUCACACCAGCAAGAUCUUCUCCACUCACACACACACACACACACACACACACACACACACACACACACUCUCCAUGGUUCUUCAUGAUGAACUUCAGGCCUCGAAACAAACGGACUAGCAGAAGAAUAUGAAUUUCUGCAUCUGAGUCCUAUUUAAUAUGAGGAUACGGUCCUUGCUAUAUGUUUAUCUCACGGUUCUUCAUUCUCGAGCCUUUGCUUCGGUCCCAGUGCCAGCCAAUUAUAAAGUCUCGUCCAAAAACUUCAUCCACAUCUUGGAGUGGAGUCCAGGAAACGGGACACAACCAGGAACAGUCUACAAUGUGAAAAUUAAUGACCAUCAGGAACGUAACAUCGCCGGUACAUAUGUCGACAUCUCAAAAUACAUGAAGGACAUACACCUCACUUACAAGAUCCAACUCUGGGCGUCAUUUGGCAGCGACUCAUCGGCUCCGGUCAACAUAAAUUUUAAGCCGUCCCUUGAAACCUUUAUUGGUCCUCCUACGUUAUCUCUAUUGGGAUGUGGCGACUGCCUGAACAUCAACAUCGACUUUCCAAAUCGCGAAGCCAACUACUACUUUUACAAUGCUAUAGGUUUUCUGAUCAGCUGGAGGAAAGCCAGAGAUGAAAAGGACGGUUGUCACAAUCCGUUCACCACCAAACAGAACAGGAAUUUCAUGUCGUAUUCGAACGUCCUGAAGCAUCUUCAGCCGGGUGAGAAGUACUGUGUGGAAGUUCAGCCAAAGAGCAACAUCCUAAAUCAAUUUCAGCUACUGAGCUCUUGCUCCUGUGAAUUCACCAGUCGUGAAGAGUCCAGGGAUGUGGCCUUUCUGGCAUUCUUGAUUUUCGGCUCCCUCCUGGUGGGAUUGUGUAUUCUGAUUCCCUUAUUCAGCCUCGUCUACACUGGCUUUCUGUGCAAACUCAACACCAGACUUCCCGAAGCACUGAAUGUUUUCAGUCCUGUCUACAUCCUUUUCCCAGAGCAGAUGUGUAUAUCGCUGGUUGAACUUGGGGACGGCGCCCGAACUCACAAGGCACACAAAGAUCAUCACGGCAAGCCAAAGGAGAAAAGAAAUGGUCUCUCUGAGAACAAUGACGAUGGUGAUGAUGAUGAUGAGGACGAAGAGAUUCAAAAUCCCUACAUGGACCGAGGGGCUCAGGCCGAGUCAGAAAGCACCUUGAGUGACAGAUCAGCGUCCGUUAGUGAAAUCGCCGAGAAUGCAGAACAGUAUAGAUUUGAGGGUGCCCUCGCGGACGCCAAAGAGCUAUACUCACCCUUUCAGCUUCACAGUGGCGGGGUCAAAGGGUCCAACCAAGCAGCUUUGUUUGAUACGAAAGCAGUCGAUCAUCAGAAUGCUGAAGAAAAACCAGGACGACAAAUGAAGGAAAAAGAAGACAAUGCAGAAAAUGACGAUUCCGGGAAUGUUAACCUGUGGUCUGUGGUCCUAAAGUCCAUGCAGCCGGAGGAAGACGAGGCCGAUGAAGCCGGCCAGCCUCUGUUACCUUUAUUUCUUAAGGAAUUUCAAGAAGACUCCUAUGCAGCAGCCACAGGAAGUUCUUUUGAACUUCACACACUUUUAAUCCACACAGAAUUCCAGGCCAGUGAAGACGACAAUAAUGACAUUCCAGUCGCACACGAAGGGGACCACGUGAAAAAAGGAUACAUGGCGUCGUACACUGGGAAUAUCGACGCGGGACGUUGUUUAUCCGAUGAUGACGAUGAGGAUGACGAGGAUACCUCAGGCUACAUGACCAGAUGAUGUGGCAUUCUGCAUUAUUAGCCAGCAUAUUGGGUGCUUUUUUCACAAUAUGUCUAUCUCAUAUAAGAGGUGGUAUCAAAACGUUUUUAAAAUUACUUUAUUUAUCUACACUUACACACCAUUAAAAUAGUCCCCUUGCACAGCGAUACAGAGCAGGGUCAAGCACUGGGAAAGCGUGAAGUCUGCAAGAGCUAAAUCUGUUAAAUUGGGUGGGUGCGGAAGUGAGAUCGGAUUAUACUGCAAGCAACUCGUGUGGUCAGAACGUCAGAGAUGGCGACAGCUACGGAUGUACACAGGGCGAUGUUUUAUGAAGGUCGGUGCUCCCUGUGCCUGUGCAUGCAGCCUUGUGCUGCCACCUGCUGGCGUGUUAGAAAACUAGACUCGAGACGUUUCGAUACCACUUCCUCAACAGACCCAACUGAGGCACACACCUCGGAUUAAACAAAGACAGAGUCGUGCGUUUUUGCACUUUAUUGUAUUUAUUUUUAGAUGCUAUUUGCUUCUUUCUUUAGAUCGUGAUCAUGAAUCGAUUAAUUGCAAACAAACCGAUGAAGAAAUACAAUAGAAAUAGAAAUGGUUAUCGAAUAGACAGCACAUAAAACAAUGCAACAAACUGCUAUAAUUGACCGUUUUACAAUGUUUUUUCUUUCUCUCUCACAAAACUGAAUUUGCAUGAACAAAUCGGCACGUUUGAAUUUCGAACGUUAGACAAUAUAUAAUGCGACUGACCAAUCAGACUGCACGGUUUAAGGUUCAUGCUGUAAAUAAAACGAAUGUCAAUUUAUCCGUUUAAUUGUGUUCAGAAAAUUAUGAUGGUCUUUAUUUAAUUUGCAAAUAAUGUGGCAGCUGCUGUAUGUAGUUUACACACAGCUAUAUUGAAGUAAACGCUAUAUAAAAAGUUUGCGUUGCUUUUUAUGUUGUUUUUUGUGUAUUUUUUUAUUGAAUCGAAGAUCAGGCAUGUUGAAUAUGAACAUUUUUGGAUGUUUCAGAUGUGCGCUAAAGAAUAAAUUAAAAACCAUAAACCAUUCA